AUGGAGGACUCAGAAGGCAGCACCACAGCCACCACACUGACUGCUGCUCCAUCUGCCCCUCCUCCUGAUGUGGCUGUAACUGAUGUGAAUUCCUCCAACAUCACUGUCCAGUGGGGGAGUGUACCAUUUCCUGGUCAGCCAACUGCCAGUCUUGACUCCACAACAGCCACUACCAUCUCCCUCUCCUGGAGUGUUCCCAGUGGCUCAGUGGUGACUGAAUACCUUAUAGAAUGGACUAGAGACACUUCAGUAGGCUGUUCUGAUGAGGACACAGGCAGUACCACUAUCACUGCUACCAGCCAUACUAUACCUGAUCUAGAGGAGGACAGUAGGUACACCAUCACUGUGACAGCCUCUAAUGGAGCUGGUAGUGGUCCUGUCAGUAACACAGUGACUGCAAUGACUGGGGAGGCAGCUCCAUCUGCCCCUCCCUCUGAUGUGACUGUAACUGAUGUGACCUCUUCCACCAUCACUGUCCAGUGGGGAGAGGUGCCAUUUGCUGUCCCAGUUCUGACAGUAGACUCCACAACAGCCACCUCCAUCUCCCUCUCCUGGACCAGUGCUGGCUCAGAGGGAGUCAUGUAUGAGGUGGAGUGGCAGAGAGACACCUCAGUAGGCUGUACUGAUGAGGACACAGGCAGUACCACUAUCACUGGAGGUUCCAUGACUAGCUACAAUAUCACUGGACUAGAGGAAGACAGUAGGUACAUUGUAAAUAUGACAGCUUACAAUUCUCUUGGAAAUGAAAGAAGUGAGCCAGUCACUGCAAUGACAAUGAUUGCUGCUCCAUCUGCCCCUCCGUCUCCUGUGAAUGCAAUGGUGGAGAGCUCAACUAGUAUCACUGUCCAGUGGGGGGAGGUACCAUGUAUCCAUCAGAAUGGAGACAUCACAGGAUACUCAGUCCAGUAUGGAGUGAUGGGGAGUGGGAACACAGAGACUAUGACUGUCUCAGGAGCUAGUACCACUCAGACCACCAUCACUGGUCUCAAUCCCAUCCACUACCUACUCCAUUAG